GGUGACCAAAGCCCACGGGAUUCCAUCAUUUUUUUGAAAAGAUGGGAAAUGUUGAAAGUGGCUGUUAUGAGAACCACCUGUCAAGGUUUCUUCCUGAGGAGCAAGCAGACAUCGAUGGAGUAUUUGAUACCUUAGCUAGGUUGGAUGGAUCAGGAGGAGUAAAGACUGGAAAAGCUGCCAGAAAAGCUGUGACCCUAGCAAUGUUAAAGGCCCAUGUCCAGGAAGCAUUGCCAGCGCAAAUGACCGUUCGGCUCUACAGUGGAAUGAAUUGUGUUGACCUGACUGGGAAGUCACCUGGCUCAAGUGAACAGAUUGUUAAGGAGCAGUUCGUUAUUUUUAUGUCCGCCCUUUUGAAAGGCAAUGCAGAGGAAAAGAGCGGCAUAAUAAUGAGAAUGAUAUCUAGCACUGAAGGGCCUGUGGUGGGAAAACAAAUCCAAGAGUUCACAGAGGAUCUGAUCACCUCUGUAGUUCAUGUGCUGAGCUACAGGAAUCUGCUGGCAGGCUGGAAUCCGGAGAAGACUCAAGAUCCUGCCAGGGGAGUAAAGGCUCUGGCUUCUCAGCUGUUAUCGGAACUGAAACUGCAAGAUGGGAAGAAACUCGCAGGAUCUCAUCUCAUGGAUGCCAUAUGUGAUCAAAGUACCAUUGAGAAUUGGGUGUUCCAAGUUCCGCAGAUCUCUGCUUUCCUCGGCGUUAUCAUCAGACAGGGGCUUCUUGUCCUGCAUUCACUCCCAGAUCAGGCUAAAGACAUAGUCAGUUUGGUCCCAAAAUGCAAGGGAACCAAAGGAGGAGAAUUUGUUAGUCUCCUUGACAUCCCAUCCAUCAUAUUCAUCAAUUCCCACCUGCCUUCGGAGCUACAGCACAAGUGGAGGCUUCUGUUUUCUUCUCGGGUUCAUGGAGAAAGUUUUUCACAGCUGUGUGGGCACAUCAUAAACAAGGGUCCCUGUAUAUUGAUCUUGAAAGACAUGGAUGGCUAUAUCUUUGGUGGGUUUGCAUCACAGUCAUGGGAAGUUAAACCACAGUUUCAAGGUGACAACAGGUGCUUUUUGUUUUCCGUUUCUCCCUCUCUCGCGGUGCACACGGACACUGGAUAUAACGACCACUACAUGUACUUGAAUCAUGGGCAGCAAAUGAUACCAAAUGGACUUGGCAUGGGUGGCCAGCACGAUUACUUUGGGCUCUGGAUAGACAGUGACUAUGGGAAGGGCCACAGCAGAGCAAAACCUCGAUGUACCACCUACAACAGCCCUCAGCUGUCAGCUAACGAAAACUUCACACUGGAUGGCAUGGAGGUGUGGGCAGUGGGAGAGCUCCCAGAAAGCUCAGUGACAAAGAAGAGCAUCCUGGAUACAGACCCUGAGGCUCAGGCCUUGUUGGAAAUGACUGGAAAAAGUCGUCAGAGCGACGGUUUGCGAGAGCCUAUUGAAGAUGAUGAUAACUAAUGACCCAUGUGACUUGGUUUGCUCUGCUUGAGUACAUCAAGUGCUGAUACUCCUUGGACAGGAAUAUUUUCUCAUCUGUUUCCACUUGUAUAAUUACUUAAAACAAGAAUACAAUGUAAAGGAUGCUAGCAUAAUAGAUCCAGAAAGAUGCAUGACGACAAGUGGUUUCUUUUGGAAGAAUGAGUAUUUAGAUAGCUGGCUGAGUCCUGGUUGUAGCUGGAAAUAAAUUUGAUAGCAUUUGUUAUAUGUUAGUUUUUGUCUUCGUAUACUGAUGUUAAGCACAAAAGUAAUUAUUAUUAUUUAGUAGGGAUGUUAAAAAUCAUGUAUUGGGGUAGCCACGUAACUGCUGAAAAUCUCAAGCAGUCACAUGGUUAUCCAUGUAUGGGCUCUGCAAAUAUAAAGCAGCUUAGCUUUAUAGUGCUCAGCCCACAGUGAAACCUCUUCUUCCCUGGGCGUUGAGUGGACUUACCGGUCUGGUUCCUGGGGAAGAGGCUUUGCUGAGGAUAAAUGACACUGUUAACUGAUAAGCAUCCGCAUCUCAGUUAAAUGCUUGGUCGUUUAUACUCAAACAUCCCUACUGCCAGUCCAUGGAGUAUUAACUUUUACUGGAUGUAGAAUUUCAAAGAUGUCAAAACCAGCUUUUGAUACCUCAUCUGACAAUAAUUCCUUAUAUGCAACAAAAUCAACUCAAAUGUCUGUCCAGCCUAGGAACUCCUAACAUUUUUCAUUUGAGUGAAAUUUUAGUUGUUAAGGCAGCACAGAAUUCGGCACAUUGUAAAACAAUCUUGGAGUCAUUCAGGGAUUCAACCACAAAGACUCCUACCAGUGGGCCUGUCCUCUGUUUCUGAACCCAGGCAUAACUUCCAUGGAUGUCAGAGGAAAGUCUUUUGGAAAAUGCCUUUAGAGAUGGUUCUCUUGGAUACAGCUAUAAACCUAUCCAAGUGCCUUAAAAUGUUAGGAUUCAUGGCUAAAAUAUUUGAAAAUAUUUUCUAUUACACAAUAAAAUCAAUUAUUACUGAUUUUUUUAAUAUGUCGACCUCCAAUAGAGAAGGAGCACAAAAAGUAGUCUGUUAUUUACAACACUUGUCCGUGCUGCUGAGUAGCUGCAAUCAGUCACAUUCAGAGCUUUUUCGACUACAAUCCGUCCACAGCCAUCAAUAAUUUGGUACCUUGAGUAUUGCUAACACUCUAGCUAUAUAAUUUACUUGCCCAAAAAAACCCACUUCUACUAAGAAUAGAAUUUUCACUCCAGCAACUGACAUGGGGAAUGGAAAAUUAUUAUUUAACUCUUUAUUGAUAUAACUGAGGACUCUCUCACAGUAAAACAGAGGAUCACAUCGAGCAUCUUUCUAUUAGAGUGGAUUCAUUGUCAUAUAAAGGAUCUAGGUUUCCUCUGCUGACACUUGCAUGGUGCAUAAAAUACACUUUAACAGUGUACAUGCUCAUUUACUACUUUGAUCAAGUUCCAGUCAAAUCUAAUGUUACCCUGAAAGUAUUUUCAGGUGUACCCUUAGCUAGCUGGCUACUAAGGGUAUUUUAUGGUGUACCCUUAGCUAUGUCUUCACAGGGUGCCAAAGUAUGCCAUUAAAAUUAGCCUUUGGUUUAAUAAUGUGAAUAGUAUGUGUUAUUCAUGAUUACAAUAUAUACAAUUAUUGUUGAAAGGGGAAAACAGAGAAAUCACUUCUACUGUGGACUCUGGUAAUCAGCUGUAUUUUAUUCCUUAUCUAUAAAAAUGUUUAAUGUAAAUGUGGUACCUUUUCAUCAACCCUUGUUGUGGAUAGCUUAAGCUAAUAUUCUUGUGUGUUUAUCUAAAAUGUUCAAGCUAAGGUCCAGAAUCUUUAAUAUGCUCAAAAUUCUGUCUUGAGUAAUUACACUAAAACUUUACACAAUUGUUUUUUCUGAGUGUUUUUAUAAUCGUUUCAAAUAAUAUGUAGCAGAAUAGCUGUAGAGAAUAAAUUCAUGCAUGUAUUUGGUUCUUUA